AUGCCUGCCGAUCCUUAUGUUGCGUCUAACAAGAUUACCACUAUUCUUAAAAAUGGAACUCUAGAUGACGCUGCAGACUAUAUAAAAGCAUUACCUUUAGAUCUACAAACUGCAGCUGUAUGGAAUCAACUGAUCGGAUACUGUGCUCAAUAUGGAAAAGCAAACAGUGCUGAACAAUAUUACGUGCAGAUGCGAAAACGUGGAAUAUCGCCCAACGAGCGUACCUUUACACACCUGCUAUCCGCAUAUGCCAACAGUACAUCACCUCAAGCAAUCGAGCGUGCAGAGAGACGGUUCACAGAAAUGAAAAAGUUCGACAUGAGUCCUAGCGUUAUACAUAUCAACAAUCUUCUUAGAGUAUAUAAUCAUGCAGAUCAACCUUCUAAAACAGUUGAACUACUUCACGAUAUGCUGGUUCGAGGGAUGUCACCUGAUGCAACUACCUACAGUAUUGCUUUACGUGCAUGCUCCGAGUUGGAGAAUACUCACCAGGCACGACAAGAGGUUCGUUCAAUAUGGAAACAGAUAGUCAACAGAUUACAGCCCGCUUCGACUGAUUCAUUGGGCAACGCUCCAAAGCAACCACCAGUUGAAAUAGAUGAUACCCUAGUCACAUCACUUUUAAUAGCCAUUAGCCGCACUUCUUCUCAGGAGGCAGAUAUAACUACAGGAAUCGAUAUUGUCCAAAAAUUGUACUCAUUAUACCCUGCCGGAGCAGCCAGUAUGAUCAAUAAGUAUGCUUUAUCAAACAAAUCUGAAAGCUAUGGGUUUGGAAUGCAGCCAUCUCCCAAGGUGCUUGAUGCCAUCUUGCGACUUUGUGGUAAGCUUAGACAAUAUGCCUUGGGUAUGGAGUAUUAUGAGUUGGCUCUGCAACAGUUCCCUAGACUAAAGCCUGAUCAGCAUGUAAAGAAAUCACACAUGUGGUUAAAGAAGCAAGAACGAAAGAGAUUGUAUGAAAUGAAGAAAAGAGAACGAUAG